ACUCGAGGAUUGAUUCACCAAGAUGGUCGAGCCUUUUUCCGCAUAUGUCCUUCGACGAAUUCGGUGGUGAUCAAACAACGAAUAAACCAAAAAAGGGAAGUGUCUGUGCGGGAUGGUCAAUCUCAAGUUGCCCUCGAUCCACUUGAACGGUUGGCAAAGGAGUGGUGGUGGGUUAGACAUGCUGAAAUUCGGCUAUGCCAGUGUCCACUGGGCUUCCGUGUUUGUCUUUCUCCUUGGACGUGCCAGCUGCGACUGCAUUCUAUACCCACCUACUGGCAGUAUUUUCAAUGGUCGGCGGUUUGAAAUCAAGUGGGACAACUGCACUCCCCCCUGCCUGUUCCAGAUCCGGGGCCAUAAUAGUUCGGGUUUCGAUAGUUCAGCAAAUAUUAACAUUAAUGGAUCCUCAGUAGAUCUGUACAUUACUCUCAAUAAGUUCGCAGGCUACACCGUGUACUUUGUUUUGAUGGACAACGCUGGCGCGCGAAUACAAACCAUGGACUACUUCGUCAAUCCUUACCCCAACUUCACUACUACAUCUCUGUAUCCUACCGUGACAAUUUCUCCCAGCAUUUCAACUUUGGUAUCCAUCGGUACUGCACAGGCUGUGAAUUCAAACCUCACCUCUCUGAGUUGGAAGACUUCAAGCGCGAUCAUAACUACCACCACAACCACGAGGGCUGCGACACUCACAAGCACCUCAACCCAUAGCGCCACUAGGUCAAGCACGAAUGUCGGAGCGAUUGUGGGGGGUGUCUUUGGCGGGCUUGCGUUGCUUUCCCUUGUCAUCGUAUGGUUCCUACUCCGCCGGACGCAGGAAAAUUCGGACGAGGCCCGAAACCCGUCGUUUCGCCGGGAAAACGUGGAGGAUGCAGAGAAACAGGUCACCCUCCAGACCCGUUCCCCAGCAGUCCGAACCUCAAUGGCCCGACUUCCGACGCAGAGCCCAUCACGAACGGAGAGGAUACAGUUGUAGUGCAGCGCAAUAGUUACUGACGACAGGCCAGGAGCGUAAAUGGGGAAUCCUGCCCCCCAGACCCAGAGUGAACACUUUGUAUAUUUCGUAUUUUGGGCUCACCACCCGUUCGCAUUCCUUUCACCUUCAGCCCUCCUUACUACAGUUACCUGCCAUUCUUCUCCCUGGACAGGCAUCUCAUUGUACUACGAUGCAUUUCUUCCAUUACUGACUUCUCUACUUUUUUUACACCUCUUUCUUCGGUUAUACAAG